GACGACGCUGGGUAAAUCAUCUGGACACUGGGUCUCACUAUCGCCAAAUAUAUUUGGAGAUCGGCUUCGGCUACGGCUUGGCAGACAUUUUUUUCUUUCUACAAUUUUAAAUUAAAUUUAUUAGAAUAAAUGCUUCGAACACACGCGAUCUAAGUACCUUUUGUGUUUAUUAUACCUUACCUACCUAGGUAUAAAAAGAGUACUUACGUAGAUUUUCUUUUAUUAACUGUUUUAUACGAAGAUCUUGAUCUCUCAAAUUAGCAUCCAUUUUACUUCCAGUGAUUAUCAACUAAAUUAAUAAUCCACAAAGUAUUAAAUAACGUUUUUAUGAAAUAUUUAGCACAAAAACAAUACCCUUUAAAUAUCGAUCGUCAGUAACUGUGGCUGACUUACCUAUAUUCUAGCAAGCAGGACUGCCAGAUGUGAAGGGGAAAUCCCCAAUAAAUUGUUGCAUGUGACUGAUGAUGUGAGCAUGUUCGUUUCAUAAUAAAAAUGUUGCCAGGUAACCAAAAAGUCGUAUGUUUUUGUGCGAAUUACGAUCAUAAUCUUUACGAUCGUACAUUAAAAAAUAGACAAAUAAUAGUAUGAGUACGAUUUAAAUCGUAUAUCUGUCAACCCUGCUAGCAAGACAGCGACAAAAUCACGUUGCAUAACAAUGUAGCCCAAGCUUAUAUCUUAUGAAAUAUACGGAAGAGAUACGGACUUAGAAAAAACAGAAAUGUUGUUCUUUGUGGAAGUCAUUGAUGAAAUUCUAUGUAUUUUAGCCCGCAAACUUUCUUCAAACAAAAACAGCGCCAUCUAGUAUCGAGUUCUGUAAUUAUCUCUUUGUUUAUGGAUUUGAAGUAAGACCGCCACGCAUGCAAUACAUUAUGACUGGGGAUUCCCCUAUUCGUCGACGCUGAAUAUGAGGCGACGACAAUCACUGUCAAACGUGUUCACUAUUACUCUGACUCUGGUAACGUGACUUCCUGGUAACGUGUUAGGUAGGAAAAGCAGUAAAAAAGUGCAUAUUAAGGGAGCAGAUUUGAAAUAAUAUUUAUACUUAACAAGAAAUAAUUAAAGGUUCAAUGGGGAGACCUAAAGAUUUACGCAUAUGGGAGCACUACCGUACUUUACCAAACAAGUCUGUUUCUUGCAAGCUUUGUAAUAAGGUCUACAAAUUCAGUAAUGCUGCCAAAAUGCUUCAACAUCUUAUCACUUGUCCAAAAUCUCCAGAAACAUUAAAAGACUCUAUGAAACUUAUAAAAGAUAGCUCGUCCAAAACCAAAAUGUCUGGACUGUCAGAGAUAGAGACAAAUGAUUCUUUUAUAAGCCCCUCGUCGUCUGCUAACACUACAAUAAAUGCUGAGUUUCAAGACACCGAUGAUCAUAUAAAAACAGAAUUAGCGAGAGCUAUAUUUGUAACAGGGACGCCAUUAUCGAUGGUGCAACAUCCUUUAUGGAUACAAUUUUUCGAAAAAUUGCAACCAAAAUUUAAAAUACCUUCACGUAAAGCUUUAGCGACAAAAUACUUAGAUAAAAUAUAUAGAGAAAUGCGUUUUGAGUUAAAUGAGGAACUAAAUGCUUGUAGUUACUUACACCUUCAGUGCGAUGGCUGGUCUAAUUUAAGAAAUGAAGGAAUAAUAAACUUUCUUAUAUCAAAACCUCAACCUGCAUACGUUAAAAGUUUGAAUACAGAAAGUAAUCCUCACACUAGUGAAUACCUUAGCCAAGAAGUUGAAAAAGUAAUGAAAGUGUAUGGAGCAAAUAAGUUUCUUGUACUUAUUGGCGAUAACGCUAGAAAUAUACAAAAGGCAUUCGAAUUAACAAAACUCAAAUAUCCACAUGUUGUUCCUCUCGGUUGCUGUGCACAUAUCCUUAACUUGUUGUGCCAAGAUAUUGUAAAGAUACAAGAAGUAACUGUGUUUAUUAUGCAAGCCAUAAAUAUAAUAAAAACUGUUAAAAGGAGUCAACGAUUAAGUUCCUUGUUGAUAAAAUCAAGGCAGGGUGAAGAUUCUACACAAACACUAAAAUUGCCUUGUGCUACAAGAUGGGGAAGUCAUGUUACUUCGUUAAAAAGUUUGAAAGCAAAUAAGAUAGCUUUGCAAAUAUUAACAGUUAGAGAAGAUGUGGUAAUUUCAAGAGAUAUUAAAGAUUUAAUUCUAAGUGAUGAUUUCUGGACGAAGACAGGGGAAUGUAUAAGUAUUUUGGAACCAGUCACUGAAAGCAUAUUUUACUUAGAGAGCGACCAGAAUCGUUUGCAUCGCACAUACAUUACAUUUAGAGAUGUACAAGCUAAGAUACGUUUUGCAUUAAAUGAGAUUUCGACAUUGAGCGAAGAAAGCAAACAGCAGAUUCUAACAUCAGUAUCUUCAAGAUGCAAUAUGGCAAUGAGGCCAAUACAUUUUGCAGCAUAUAUUCUAGACCCCAGGACUCUAGGAGUCGAACUUACUCAAGAGGAAGAACUUAAGGGUAUGGAGUUUAUCUACAAUUUAAGCCAACACUUAAGUUUGUCAAAUGUAAUGGCAGAUUUGGCGUGUUAUAAAGCUAAAGAAAACUUUUGGGCCAGAGGAUUUGUAUGGAGCUCAUUAGAUAGCAUUGAGCCCCUAAUAUGGUGGAAAGGUAUUUGUGGUUCCACUGAGUUAAGCAAAGUAGCGAUUCGUAUUCUAUCAGCUCCCUGUACUUCGGCAGCCACUGAGCGUUCCUUUAGUAUCCAAGGCUACAUACAUAAUAACAAAAGAAAUCGACUUACAACUGAAAGAACUGAAAAAAUUUCAUUCAUUUGUUAUAACUGGAAUCUUAAACAUAAAGCUGAAUGCGAGGACAUUCAGUUUAAUGAAGAAAAUACCUUAGAAGCUUUCAUUGAGCAAGUAAAUGAACAUAACAGUUUAGACGAAAUAGAGCCUAUCGAACCUAUACAAUUCAUCGCUUGUAAUAACUCUGAAUCUGACAGUGAUUGACUGUAGUUUUACAUUUUACUUUCAUCUCUUUCUUAAUAAACUCAAAAUCAAAUUAAAAGUUUUUUAUUCUGUAGGCUGCAUAAUAAUAUUGUCUAUGUCCAGUAUAGUGGACGUCUUGCGGCUGAGAUGACGAUGAUGAAGUACAAAAUCAUAAACACCCAAAAAUUUGGGUGUUUAUGGGGUUUAAACCCAAUAAACCCAAAACACCCGGUUUUUACCCACCAGACUUUAAACCCACCCAGGUGGAUUGCCCA